ACUGCAACAUCACUAUCCACAUGUCAAAAUCUAAGGUGAAGAAUCCGUUCAUCGGUGGAUGGAUCCUCACCCUUGAUCACAUAAAAGAAUCGUAUACUCCCUCGCUGUAUAUACACUCGGCCUUACCGGCUGAGGAAAGGACGUCGAACGUUUCAGCACCACUUCCUUCUACACAUAGACAUCCCAAGUCUUCCUCACAACCAUGGCCGGAAAAACCAUGCCGGAGCCGGGCAUAGCCUCACCUCUCCUUCCAGACCAUGCCGUGCCUGAGCCCGGAGACGUCACCAAGCUGGGCAUUGAUGCCAUGUUACAGAAAUUCUCAGGCGAGUUCGGCAUCUGGCAGCUCCGGCACUUCGUGCUCACCAGUCUAGCUUGGGCACUGGAAGCAUUUCACACCAUGGUCAUGAUAUUUGCCGAUAGAGAACCGGGCUGGCGGUGCACCCAGCUGGGAUCGUCGUCCUGUGGGCCGACUAUUUGCGGGUCGGAGCCGGGCUCGUGGGAGUGGAUCGGCGGCAAAGGGCUGUCAACAGUAUCAGAGUGGGGGUUGGUCUGCUCGGAAAGAUACAAGGUCGGCUUGGUUCAGUCCGGCUUUUUCGCCGGAUGUUUGAUCGGCGCCGGAAUAUUCGGUCAUCUCUCUGAUUCGUUCCUGGGGAGGAAAGGAACACUUACUACAGUGUGCAUUUUGAAUGGCAUUAUGGGUCUCCUAACAGCUGCCUCACCAACCUACUGGGUGUACCUCAUACUCCGCUUCCUAACUGGAGUGAGCACAGGUGGUGUAGGCCUAUCCGCAUUUGUAUUAGCUACUGAGCCUGUAGGCCCCGGCAAGCGUGGGGUUGCCGGCAUGUCAACCUUCUACUUCUUCUCUGCAGGCAUUGCUAUCCUCUCCGGCAUAGCCUACAUGUUCCCUUCAUGGCGCAUGCUCUACAUCAUCACCUCCAUCCCCUCCCUCCUAUUCGUUCUCUCCAUCAUCCCCAACAUCCACGAAUCCCCACGUUGGUACCUCGUCCGUGGCCGGCCCUCUGAUGCCAUGAAAAUCAUGCGCGAAAUCGCCGAUCGCAACAGAAACCAUCUCCCUCCUGGAAUCUCUCUCUCGCUUGAUGAUAGCAGCAGCAGUAACGUUGACAGAAAUGAAACAGAAAUAUGCCCCAGUGGUUCCGCCUCCGGCAACCUCAUUGACGUCAUUAGAUCACCGAUCACUAGGUUCAGGUUGUUCUUAAUGGUGAUCAUCAAUUUUUCCUGUGCCGUUGUUUACUAUGGCCUCAACCUAAACGUCGUCAAUCUACAGACCAACAUUUAUCUGAAUGUUUUUCUCAAUAGCGUUGUUGAGAUGCCGGCGUAUACAAUAACAGCACUGCUCUUGGCGACGGUAGGGAGGAGAUACUUGACCAUGAUGACAAUGUGUUUUAGUGGGCUCUCUUGUUUCGCGGGGUGCUUAGCGCUGAGUAAAGGGUAUUAUUACAUGGUAGCAAGAAUGAUCUCGGGAGUGAUGGGAAUUUUUGGUGUGGCAGCAACCUUCAAUCUGUUAUUCAUAUAUACAGCAGAGUUGUUCCCGACGGUGGUGAGGAACGCUGCACUGGGAUGUGCUACGCAAGCCGGGCAGGUCGGCGCAAUCCUGGCGCCGCUGGUGGUAGUAUCAGGAAGUGGUGUCGCUUUUGUAGCAUUCGGCACGUGUGCAACCGUGGGAGGGCUGCUGGCUUAUUACUUGCCGGAAACUUUGAACCAACCACUGUAUGAUACCAUGGCUGGAAUUGAAAGCAGUGUUGGAGGGAAAGUAUGAGAAGCAGGGUAUGUGGAGGCGAAGUUACCAAUGCAAUUGACAUCAUUCUCCUUUUCUCGUCU